AAUGUCCACAUGUAUCUAUCCUCCUCCAAAGUGUUGACACCGGACUGACUAGCAUCUAUACAGUAGCCUAACUCACAAAACAUGCACUGCGCGGCAAACACACACAAUCACACACACAGACAAACAUGUUUUUGAGUAAUGCCAUUACUAUUGAGUAGUAUAAUGUAGCCUAAUUGAAAUGUGUUAAUAUGUAAAAUACACAUUGUUUUGUUUUGCUGAAUGUUUUAACCCUUUGUGGUUCCCAGUGAGAGAUGUGGGGAUCGUAUUAAAUACUAAACACUGCCUGAGGGGGAUACAUAUUUCACUUAAAGGGUUUAGUUUUGAUUAAUCUAAAUAAUAUGUCCGUUGAAAUUAAACAACUAAUUAAGAGCAAACUAAUAAUUUCAUUCGUCGCCGACCUCGUACAAGCAGCCUAUUCGGUUGUGAGAAAGCGCGGGGAGUAGAGAGCGCAGUAUCAUAGAAGACAUCACUGCAGAGGCACAGACAGUGGCACAGCACCGCACGUUUGACAGCAGUUGUUUCUUUGCACUUUGUAGUAGAUCGGGGAGCUUACUUGUUCGCUUUCCUCCCACGCAUCCAAGCGGCCUGUCUCAUUACGUUAGAUUCCUCCCGCGCAUCCUGGGGACCAGUGUCAUUACGGUGGAAUCCUUGAAGCUUGUUGGACAUCCCCGUCCUCAUCCCUUCCGCUGGCUUGUGCCGGUGAAGUCUGAAGGCAAUGACGUGUAGGCGAGAAGCCGCGGUCGAGCUCCACGAGAGAGGAGUAUAGAGUGACCGGAAACCCUGAUAUGGUUAUGGGUGAAUCCUACGGCUAACACCAUGCUUUUAUUCUACAACCACAUAAGGUGGCUGGAUCUGGAUAUGAGCAUUACCAAAAUUGGGAAUUAUAACUGACUUGGACAGGCAACACACCAUGGACACUGCGGAGGUAUUUCUCUCUGUCUUGGUGGUAGUGAUUAUAAUAGUAUCGUUGCUGUCCAACGUCGUGGUGCUGAUUUGCUUUCUGUACAACCCAGAGAUCAGGAAACAAGUGCCUGGGGUGUUCACCCUCAACCUCACCUUCUGCAACUUGUUGCUGACUGUUUCCAACAUGCCCCUGACUCUGGUGGGGCUCGUCAACAAGGGUCAGCCGGGAGGUGACGCUUUCUGCCAGUUGGUCGGCUUUUUUGAGACAUUUUUAACGACCAACUCGAUGUUGAGUAUGGCGGCUCUAAGCAUUGACAGGUGGAUCGCAGUAGUCUUCCCGCUGAGGUACCAUUCUAGAAUGCGCCACAGAGAUGCUGCUCUCGUGCUGGGAUACACGUGGGUCCAUUCCAUGUCCUUUUCGACGGUGGCGGCUUGUCUCUCAUGGGUGGGAUACCAUCAACUUUACGCGUCGUGCACUCUUUCCGACGUGAUGGAGAACAGUCGGACCCAGUUUGUUAUAUUCACUGUGUUUUUUCACUCCCUCACCUUUCUACUGUCUUUCGUUGUACUGUGUGUGACAUAUCUCAAAGUGCUGAAAGUGGCUAGGUUCCACUGUAAACGGAUAGACGUAAUCACAAUGCAAACUUUAGUGUUGCUGGUGGACAUUCACCCAAGUGUUCGAGAGCGCUGUUUGGAGGAACAGAAGAGAAGACGACAGAGAGCCACCAGGAAAAUCAGUACUUUCAUCGGCACGUUCAUGGUCUGCUUUGCCCCAUAUGUCAUCACCAGGAUCGUGGAGCUAUUUCCGUCCGUGCCUAUUGACCAUCGCUGGGGAAUCCUCUCCAAGUGUUUGGCCUACAGUAAGGCGGCUUGUGACCCCUUUGUGUACUCCCUGCUUCGUAACCAGUACAGGAAGACGUGCCGAGACGUUCUGAACAGGCUGCUGAAGCCCAGCUCCCUCAAUGCGUCUGGACGAGGCCACCACGACCACGAAACCAGAGUGAGGAACAACACCGUCCAGGCCGCAGCGGAGUGAGGAGGGGGCUGGUGUCGUUGUCUAAUCGUUAAUACUCUGUGUGUGGUGUCAACGGAAGAUGAGAAGGACGGAGCUCAAAGCUCUCGUCUUCCACGGAAAAGAGGCUACCUUGUUGGAAAAAAAACAACCAGGCCAGGCCAUGUGACUGUGGCUUAUCCCUGUGAAUCUGUUACAACUUCAACUUGGUUGUAUUGCUCACGUCCUGAAUAAUACAGGAUGUCAUGUGUGGGAUUUCGGGGUAUAUUAUAGUGGAUUUCUGAGGUUAUCCAACAUACGGAGGCAGAUACGCUCAGAGCACUAAGGGAGACUUACUGUCACCAAGGCAAAUGAGCUCAUGGUGAUCCUGUUGACUAGAGGGGGGGGUUUGUUAGUUGGUUAUGACACACUAGCCAUUCUCAGAUUCACAGCUUUAAGUACUCAUUUAUAUUACCUUCAUAUGUCUUUCUGGCACUUGGAGUACAUUUGGAAUGAGAGGUAGUUGUACUCUUAUGUUUUGGUGUGUACACUAGGUUUGGUUGUAUGGGGUCCGUAAAUGGGGUAAAGUAGCUUGGCAUGGGGGAAAUACCUGAGUGUUGUGGUGUUAACAUGUAGCACUAAAUGUAGCUGUUACUGUAGCUCAAUCCAACGAGGCGCAGUAGGGGAAGACUGUAUAAUUACAGUUAGAUCAUGUUAGGAAAACCUAGGCUAUUUGUCCUGGAAGUAAGGCUGGUUAUCCUGAAAGUGAAGCUUGAUUACCUGGGGGCUAAUGUAUUCUGCCCUUGAUAUAGUUGAAUUCUGUUGAUUUAGUGGUACCGUUAGGAUUUGUCCUUCAAAUGAGAAAACCCAUACAGUAUGGGACUGGUAGGUGGGAAGUGUUGUGACAGGCUGUUCAGGUGUAACGGAAGCGACAGAGCUUGACUUGCCCUAGCUUCCAAUCAGAAGAGCUUAUCUCAGCCGUGUUAAGGAGUGUGUGUCUUUCCUUUCCCUGGUCUUCCAUCUAGAAAGCCAGGUGAUGGGAGCAAUUAGUUGUUUGUCUUCUAUAGUACUCACGGCAAGUGAUAUAUGGUUGGAACAAUGUGAUUGUUUGACAGAAAAUGUAUUAGCGCUUAGCCCAUUUGCCAGUCCCAAGGGUUUAGUCAUGGUAUUACCCUGAGGAAGUCAACUCACUGCUUAUUGUUUAUCAACUGACAAUGUUACUUCCAUCUUGCUCGCUGUUAAUGAGAAACAUCAAAGCAAAAAGCAUGUCUCACAAAUCUAUCCUAAACUUAAAGGGGUACUGUGAGAUUCUGGCAAGGGUGAUGUUUUUAAACUUAACUAGUCAGAUGAAUGUGUGGAUACCAUUUUUAUGUCUCAACAGUGUAAAAGAAGUUAGAGGUAGUUGUUAGCCAGUGUUAACACAGUCAACCCAAUAACACAAAGUUAACACAAUGACACAAAGUCAAGAGGUACAGAAGCAAUCAGCUGGGCUAGUUUACCUGUAGACAUCCAGUAUUAAGAAUAGUUAAUGUGUUCAGCUAAUUCCGGGUAAGUUGAGAAAAGGCUUAAAUGCCAGAAUCAUACAUUAUCCCUUUUUAAUAGAGAAGUUAAUCAAAUAUUUCUAUAUUAUCAAUGAUGGAAAUAAUAAAUUAGUUAUGGGUAAAAAUGGAUGAUGUAAACAUUCCCUAAAAUAUUUUAACUUCUUUAGCACAAAAUUUGGUUGUAUUAAUGUGAUUUAGUUUGACAAAGCCUCUACCGACACAUGGAUGGAAAUAACAAUCUACAAUCUUAUACCCUGUCUCCCCCUUUCCUUAGACAAGCUUCAGUAAAUGGGUCAUCCUGAGUCCAUUUCAGCCCAUAGCUUAUUGCUUAUUGACUGACACAAUGCUAUCACCGCUAAUUCCACUGAGGAAUCAUAUUCUACAUACUUUAUUUGUUGCUAUUGUUUUCUGUAUCAGAACUGAGCAACUCUGCAUCAGAGAGCUUUGAUUGAACAUCAAGACUACUUCGACUGAUGGGAAUUUAAGGUUCACUUGUAAAGCAUAAUGUUUGUUUAGUGAAUAUUUCAAAUUGUGUUUGUUUUUGCAUUGAACAUUAGAUCAUAACAAGAUAUUAAUAGUAAAGAAGUAUAAUAUGGUAAACACCUACCUGUUUCUGAUUAAUCCUGACUAGCUGGGAGUGGAUACUUAUCUACCUGAUCACCGUGGGCUAAUUGUAUGAUUAACUGGAAGGUGAAACUUAAGUUGCUUCAGGUACUCAUCACAUGAAUCACUUUAGUAUUUGGAGCGACACAUCCACAAAGUGCUAAGAGUGGUAUUUUUUAAAUGGGGAAGAUGCACAGUGCCAAGUGAAUAUACUUUUAAGUCCUGGAAUGUACUGUCUGGUAAGCCAAAAUUACAAUAGUAUUUUUUUUUUUUUUUUUUAAAUAUCAUGCAUUAUAUAACUAUUCAAAAUUUAGAAAGAGACCUGACCGAAUAAAUAUAUAAUCUAAUUGGAUGAUACAUUUAUGGUCAAAUAUUGUUGAACAUUUCUGUUGAUGUGUAGAAUACACAUGCGUAUAUAUUUCUGUCUUGAAAAUUGUGUUGUCAUCAAAUGCUCUGACACUGUAAAAUGUGACACAUAAUGGUCAGAAUGAUUUCCAAUUUUACCAUGCAGACAAGUACAAAGUGUCUUCAUCAGGGGUAAAAAUUUCAAUAUAAUCGUUAUAUUUAAUAUUAUGUAUGAUUUAUAUAUUUAUUUUUUUAAAUAAUUAUCCUUAAUGAAGUGGGUGAGCUGGUUGUUUGAUGGCUUGCAGAGUACUGUACUGUAGAUGAAAUUCAGUCAAGACACAUUUUAAUGCCUUACAUUUACUGAUGGGAUCAUUUCUAUAAUAUAAUAUUAUACUUUCAUGUUAUAUAUUAAUAUGUAUACAUUUUAGUAUAACAUUAAUAAUUAUAUAUAGAGAUUGAUAUCAUCAUAAAAUGAACUGAGAGAUAGUCUGUCAUUGUCUUAUUAAUUCAUAUUAAUCAAGUUUAGGAGUAAAUCAUAGCAAUGUUUAUGCAGUGUUUAUUUAAAAUAUUCAUCCUAUGCCCACACAUUUUUAAUUCUAAAAUGUUAUAGCAUUGCUGUGAGGGGGUUCCCCCUGGUAGUAGUUGUAGGUUUUUAUACCCUAACCAAGACCUGUCUGAGUUAAACUGAACAUUGGCAAAAGAACAACUGGGUAAAUAUACUACAAUGCUAUUCAAUUGAAUUUAACCUUAGUUUUCUACAGGAAUACUUUUAUUUGUGUAAUGCUAUGGUCUUAGAUCUCCAGGAAACAGUGUUGGAAACACUGCUGAACGCGGUCCCCAUAUUGCUUAUUCAUCAAUGGGUGGAUCAUUUGCUGAUGUUUUGCCCUGACGAUUGAGUAAAAUUACCUUUCACUUAAAUGAUGAAUCUGUAAAUGUGUUAGUAUUGUGAUAUUACUGUAGAGUUCUGGAACAUUUAAUACAGUAAUAUAUAUAUACAUAUAUAUAUAUAUAUAUAUAUACCUACAGAAAGAUUUAGAUUGUUAAAAGUGUGUAAAAAACUAUUUUUGUUUGAUUUGCUACACUAACUGUGAGCGUUUCAGAGGGUUUUACAGUGUUGAUAAGUAGUUUACACUAAAUUGAGUGGGCUGUAUGUUCACCAUUGUGUCGUAGUAUUAUACACAUCUGAACUUAUUACAUUGUUUUUGGAACAUACAGGCAUAAUAACCGAGACAAUUAGAAUGGCGGUGAGAACGGGCGAUGGUUACGGGGAAUAUUAUUACAAUGAUGAUGAUGAUGAUGAUGAUGAUGAUGAUGAGGAGGUUGAUAAUAAUGAAGGUGACGUUGCCACA